AUGCGAGACAUCAUUUGCUGGGGUCAACAGGAGUUUGGUGGGGUGGGGCGGGGUGGGACAGGGAAGAUCGAGAACAAGGGGGAGGACAAGGGGGGGGACAAGGGCGGGGUUUCUGCAGCGUCAAACGCUGCUGCCACGUCCUCCAUGUUCCCGUACCGCCGCCCCCACACACGUGGGGCGGAGGAAAAUUGGAGGAACACCGAGGACAAAUGGGAGGACAAGGGGGGGAGGGGGAAGCGCGGGAUUUCUGCAGCGUCAAACGCUGCUGCCACGUCCUCCAUGUCCUCGUACCCCCGCCCUCACACACGUGGGGCGGAGGAAAAUUGGAGGAACAUCGAGGACAAGGUGGAGGACAAGGUGAGGGACAAGCGCGGGGUUUGUGCAGCGUCAAACGCUGCUGCCACGUCCUCCAUCUCCUCGUACCGCGACCCAAACACGUGGGGCGGAGGAAAAUGGAGGAAGACUGAUGACAAGGGGGGCGACAAGCGCAGAACGGAGGAAAAAUGGACAAAGAUCGAGGACAAGGGGGAGGAUAAAGGGGAGGACAAGGGCAGGGUUUAUGCAGCGUCUGAUGCUGCUGCCACGUCCUCCAUGUCCCCGUACCGCACCUACUCACAAGGUGGGGGGGAGACAGGAGGGAAGAUGGGGGGGAGGCUAGGGGAGGACACGGUGGACAGGGGAGGCCAAAGCUGA